UCAUGUUAUCCCAUAAUUGUGCUUAGGUGCAAGAAUUUGCUCUCCAUAAAAGUAAAGUAGCCUUAUGGAUAACGCCAAAUAGUUUUAACUUUCCAUUCCAACUUUGUCAAGAAAAUCCUUACACAGGACAGGUUCCCUAACCAUCUCCUAAUUUUCAGCUGUUUAGUAUGGGCAAAAUUUGGGUUGAAGUUUGCUUCAUAUCUGCUCGUGGGCUCCGACAUACUUCCUCCCUCUGGAAACUUCAGUGGUUUGCCGUUGGUUGGAUUGAUCCUAACAACAAAUAUUGCACCAAGAUCGAUGCCUCUGGGAACGCAAAUCCCAUAUGGAAAACCAAGUUUGCUACCUUGGUUGAUGAUGCAAACUUUCAAGAUAUGGCACUACAUGUUGAGGUAUACAGCAGAGAGCCCAUUUUCCUCAGAGAAAGACUUCAAGGCACUGCAACUGUCCUCCUGAAAGAAUUCUUGGCCAAGUAUAGCAAAAGCUCAGAGGCCUCAAGGCCAGGAAAAGAAGAAGUGGGGAGCUACCAACUGCGCAAAAGAAAUUCCGGCAAACCACAAGGGUUUAUAGAUAUUUCUAUUCGUGUCUCAGAGGACAGGGGAGAGCCAAGUUCAUACGCAGGCAAUGAAGGAGGGAUUGUGCUGAUGGAUAAUGGUGGCAACAUUGCACUGUCUUCUGAAGAAAAUCAAUCAUCAAAUUUUUCAUAUGCUCAUCCAUCGCCUUAUCGUGCAAAUUAUUCCAAUCCAUCCAUGGGUGGACCAAGUUACCCCCCAGCAGCUGGACCCAGCUAUCAUCCACCACGCACGCCUCCUCCACCACCACCACCGCCUUCUAACGUUGGCUAUGUACCCACUUUUCUUCCAAAUUCAGACUACAUUAAUAUGCCAUCAUCUGCAGCAGCACCUGGACUGGGUGCCAGACCUGGUUUAGCAAUGGGAGUUGGUGCUGGGGCUCUGGCUGCAGGUGCUGUGAUUUUUGGCGAUGACUUCAUGUCAGGAUUUGAUAUUCCGGCAAGCUUACCAGAUCCUAGUCUUACAAUAUCAACAGACCCUCCUUUUUGAUACAAGUGAGGUACAAUUACAUUUAGUAUGUUGAAAUGCUCAAGACAUUUGAUUUGAUUAUCCCAUAAUUUCCACCAUCACGGAUGAGAAUCAAGCCAAGCAAAUAAAAUACUAGGAUUGAACACCAUGUUUAAUGCGCACAUAUAAUUGAUCAAUUUCAGUGCUCUAAAAGGAAAGAAAAGAAAUCUGAAAAAUACUGUAUAUAAGCCAAGUCUUAGCUAGUAUGUGGUGAAAAACAUUGUGUUCAUUUUCAAUAUAUUUUGUAUUAGAUGUGGGUUCUUUAACAAAA